AUGGACAUUCAAUCGACAAUUAUGGAGGCUCCUUUCAUGUACCUCAUGGAGAUUUACGUUGGAACAGUCUUCCAAGCAGAUGGUGAUUGUGGACACCGACUCAGACAUUACAUGGAUUCAGUGUCUCUGAUCUAUGAGGCUGGUGGUCCAGGUACAUCUCCAUACAAGACUCCAAGAUCUCCCAGAUCUCAAAGGACAAGCUAUGGGGAACUAGCCGAGGAAACUUAUACAGUUUGUGGCACUUCCAUACCAAACAUGGUUCACGGGUGCGGGCAUAACAAUAUAGGGAUAUUUGAUGAGCAGAGCACUGGUAUGAUUGGUCUUGGAGAUGGGCAUCUCUCAUUUGUAGGUUAG